AUGCAUUGGCCGCGUUGGCUUCGAUUGACUACCGAGGACUCAGUUCCUAAAUACCAGCACAUUGCAUCGUUUGAGUCCGCUUUCGAUAAUGCAUCUACUCGCUGGAAGCAGCGAUUCUACAUACUAUGCAGUGUCUACAUUGUCACAAUUUUAAUCUUUAUAGCUGGUUUUCUAUUCAAAUCGCCUAGUAUCACUGAGGGAUACGGGACACUAAGAACUGAUGCUGUCUUUGGUGCCAUUCCAAGAGAGCAAGUUCUAUUCACACCAAAUCAGACAUAUCGCGAUAUAUUUAAAGAUUCUCCAGUAUCGGAGUCAGAAAGCCUGACACUCUGGGAUGCACUGCAACCGCGAGGUGGAGGAUUUAUCAUCGUUUCAGAUCCAGAAAAGUAUGGUCUCUCCGGCGGGUUUCCCUUGGAAGAUGAGGAUGAUGGAAUUGUGCGAGAAGGAUACGGCAUAUCAAUGUUUCACCAAAUACACUGCCUAGUAGCAAUCAGGACCGCCUUUCGGACAAAGAACUUUGACGACGAUCAUCUGAAUCACUGUUUCGAAUACCUCCGCCAAUCAAUAAUGUGCACGGGAGACACAACUCUGGAGAAGGUUGUUGUCGACGAAAAUGGAGUAUUCAAGCCGGAUAUUGAUGGUUGGGGCACUGCACAUGAAUGCAAAAGCUGGAAUAUGCUUUAUGAGUUCGCUGAGAAGAGGCGGGUGAAGGUAAUAGGUGACUUAUAG